CCAUCCGUAGAUUACGGACGGUGCACGAUGCUGGUACCGCCUGAUAUGAUUUCAUCCCACUCCAGGAUGGUCUACCAGUUCAACAAGUACUUCGGCGAACGGGUGAUGACCAGGAAGAGUCAAGUGACGAAGACCAUUCAGGAGGUGUGCCGAGUCGUGCAGGACGUGCUAAAAGAAGUGGAGGUGCAGGAGCCGAGAUUCAUCUCGUCCUUGACGGAUUACAACGGCCGGUUCGACGGCCUUGACGUCAUCUCGCCGACGGAGUUCGAGAUCAUCAUCUAUCUGAAUCAAAUGGGCGUGUUGAACUUUGUGGAUGACGGCACCCUGCCAGGCUGCGCCGUGCUGAAGCUCAGUGACGGACGCAAGAGGUCCAUGUCCCUUUGGGUGGAAUUCAUCACCGCGUCCGGUUACCUGUCAGCUAGAAAGAUACGCUCGAGGUUCCAAACGCUAGUGGCGCAGGCCUGCGACAAGUGCACAUAUCGGGACUCAGUGAAGAUGAUCGCCGACACCACCGAAGUGAAGCUACGGAUACGCGAGCGUUACGUCGUGCAAAUUACGCCGGCUUUUAAAUGCGCUGGACUUUGGCCCAGGUCAGCCUCCCACUGGCCAAUCGCGCAUAUACCCUGGCCACACCCGAACAUCGUCGCCGAGGUGAAGGCGGAGGGCUUCGAUAUGCUCUCAAAGGAAUGCAUAGGUCUGCAAGGGAAACAGUCCGCCAUGGAGGGCGACGCCUGGGCGUUGUCGUUUAUCGACGCGGAGAAUCGUUUGUUGCAAGGCGGUAGCAGAAAGCGUUGCCUCAGUAUAUUGAAAACUCUCAGAGACCGGCAUCUCGAUCUACCGGGAAAUCCGGUCACGAGCUACCACAUGAAGACCUUAUUGCUCUACGAGUGCGAGAAACACCCGCACGAGGCGGAAUGGGACGAGGGCUGUUUGGCCGAGCGAAUAAACGGCAUCUUUCUUCAGCUAAUCUCCUGCCUACAGUGCCGCAGAUGCCCGCAUUACUUCCUACCGAAUCUCGAUCUGUUCAAGGGAAAAUCGCCCAGUGGUCUGGAGAACGCCGCGAAGCAGGUGUGGAGACUCACCAGGGAGUUACUGACGAACAGUCGCGCGCUUGAGAAGCUAUAGUGAACCCGACUCUGUGACUGAUCGUCGUAUGAUUCGUGAACUGAUCUCGCAAAUCUUGUCACACGUUCCUGUAACCGCAGCGUCGAUGACUUCGACGCGCGAGUAAGAUACGUCUAAUCAUGUAACGACCGUGCAAGGACGCGCGAGAAUCAUCGUUGAUUGAAGAUUAACGUAACGUAAGAGAUGCUCUCGGGCUUUGUGAAAAAGAAACCGUUUCUCUUGGUUCUUGCCACUCAACGCACCCGCCGAGUCGUCGAGAAGUCCCGGUCUACGUUCCCCUGGAUUUCGAAGAUCGCAUAUGUUUUCGAUGUUCCCCGAAGAUAUUUAGUGUGUGCCGGAAGCAAUCGCGAGAUUAAUUACGCGUGUAUGUGAUGUUUGGUGAACACGUGAUUACUCGCAGACGAUCGAAUUAGUGCCAUAAAUAAUCUCUCUUCGACGUUAAAGACAGAUUUCGUUUCUACUGUCGGCGCGAAAUGUAAAAGUAAAUAUAUUAGUCGCAGAAAAUUAUCAAUUCAAUUCGUUGCAAUGGCGGUUUGCAACGUUGUGACGAUGCGCGUGAAACAACCUUUAACUCGUGGUACAAAGAUCUUACUGAUCGAGUGAAAAAAAUUAUUAUUCUCCGCGUUUGACUCUUUAAGACUUUUAAAUCUAAUGACGCAGGUGUUGAAUAACGAAAACCUGUUGCUUAUAAUAUUUCCUUAACAAUUCCUAAAUGUAGCACUUUCUACUUCAAAACUUGUAAUCUUUACGAUAGUAUUUAAGCCUAAGACUGCAAGUAACUGCCAUAUCGAUACUUAAAGAGUUGACGCGACUGAUAUCAGCUUCGACAAUGUUCUCUCAACAUGCUGAUUACCGUAUAUACGUAAUGUAACUUUGAUGAUCGCAACCACGGUUAAGGGUUCAUUCUUAAGUUCUCCGCGCUACCCCCGAUCCCCCUCCGCCGCCUAUGUAAAUAUAAAACUUGAAAGAUAUUUAUUGAACUGUAACGAAAUGUGAAAUAUAAUGCUAUUUAUAUGGAA